AUGUCGAAGCGCACAGCGGCCAGGCUCGAGUCGACCGGCAGUGAGUCCGCCAGCGGCGAUACCCAACCCUCCCAACCCCCAUCCGCUAAAAGACCCAAAACAUCGAAAGAUGAUGAUGGCACAACGGCAGGUCCUGGUCCAUCCCGGGAUCUUUGCCUUCUCAACCUUCCAGUCGACAUUCUGACCAUCAUCUGUCACUUUAUCCAAGAGCAGGAUACCGCACCACCUGCACCACCUGUGGCUACCAGGACACCAGUCCAGAAUACCAUUACUAUUUACCCCCGGAUCAGCAUCGACGAAUUCAGCGCCCCCCAAAACCAGUGUGGUUCAGCGGACAAGCCUCGCUUUUGA